AUGCAUUCCUCUACGCCCAGCUCAUCUCCCGGAGGAUUGUUGGAGCCUCCUUCAGGCGUAUCAUAUGCUGAUUUUGUUAAACAAUGGCAGGAUGCGCAUAUUGCGCGUUGGCUUGCCGACAACCGGUGUGCUCAUCAUGCCCAGGCUUUUCGAGACAACGAUAUCCGUGGAGAUAUCAUUCUCGAGCUCGAUGUAGAUAAUCUGAGGGAGCUUGGGGUCACCUCUGUUGGUGAUCGCACCAGGAUUCGCAGCGCUAUCAAAGAGUUGCGAAGACUAUGUGCGUCGAACGGCCCACAAGGACAAUCUGGGCCCAAACUCGUGCUCAAUGGUGGUUCGACGGACUUGAGAUACUCUAAGACGACCGGUCUCAAGCUUAGGAAUGACGCGGCAGGAAUAGUACAAGAACCAAAUUCCGGCAAUCCGACGACCUCAGCUCGCAACUCUAGAGGCAGACCAGCUCCUUUGCAACUCGACAACGUUGUAGAAAGAGAUUUGCCUCAGAUACAACGGCUCGACUCUGCCCGGUCGGCUACGACUCCCACCCCUCGAGCGCAGGCGAGCAACAAUCGCGCACCGUCUGGACCGCCUCCACGGGGACCGCUUCCUUCAACUCCCUCCAACCUACGGUCCGUACCGCGGCUGACGGUUCCUGGUUCGGCCACGCAACGGGCCCGAACUCCAACAGAGAGCUCAAAUCCUCCUCCGUUCACAAAUGACCCAUUACCACCAGCACCAUCCCCUGCAUCACCUUGGUCUACUGGAGCUCCAGGAUUGCCUCGAAAUCCGGCGCCUGGAAACCUUCCUGGCGGCUCGUUUGCACCUCGCACAACGUCGCCUCUUCCGCAGAAUGGACGUAACCGACUACAGGGUACAAAUGCCGCAUUGCCACCAACGCAUCAGCGCCAACAUUCCGGUGCCAGAGGUGGUUCCGCUCAUCCAUACAGCUCGGCCAAUGCGUCACUUGCACCUGGUCCAAUGAGUGCUCAUGCACUAUCUCCCGUUUCAGAAUCGUUCAUUCCGAUGGCUGGGAGUCCCCCUUCCGGCUACAGCGUCGGCAGAGGUCCAUUCGACAGGAGGCAACCGCAGAAGGAAGACGAAGUCAAGCGUAAACUUCUCAAAUUCUGGAUGGGCGAUAUGAACUCGAGAGUUUUAGAUAUUCGAGAUCUUGAGGAUGGUACAGAACUUUUGGAACGCGCAUUGCGCAAGUUUGGCGUUGUAUACGAGGACUAUCCGCCACCAGUGGACGGUACACUCUCUGUAGGGGGAUAUGCCAUCUAUCUGGGCCAUGACCAGGACCCAUUGACCGAGACCAAACUUUUGGCUCUGAUUCAUGAUCCUGAUAAUAUUGGUCGGGAGAACCUACACAUACGAACAUACUCUGCAUCUGCCAAACGAUCCAAGUUGGAACGUAUACUCGGAGAAGCUCCUCCUCAACAACCCUCCGAAGACAUGUUGAAUGCCAGCCGGAUCCAAAAGAAAAUGAACAGAGCAAGCACCGUCAGUGUUCUCAGUGGACUGGGUGUGCCCGUUGGGUCGCCUCCAACGUCGCCCGGCGGAACCAAAUCGACCUCUGCGACUUCGGCCUCGUUUGGAAAACUGAGAAAUUUCUUCGGCCACCGUCCACCCUCGGAACUCAUUACCACCCAUUUACCGGAAUACUUUCCCUUCGCCGACAAAAAGGUCCUGAAAAAGACUGCACGUAACAGCAUGAUGAAGAGGCAGAGUAUGAAGCCCAGUGGAACCCCUGGAUCUGCAGGGAUGUGGGUGCCUCCACGUAAUACGUCACGGUUCAGCACGAGUACUAUUGCAUCACGUCGCUCAACGCGGAACAGUGGCGUACCUAGUGGGAGCGUGACGCUGGUAGAUACGUCCUCUCCGAGGCAGUCACAAGAGGAGAAAAGACAAGGGAUGAUGACGAUCCCACGAGUGUCCAUUGAAGGAGACGAUGGCGGUGCCAUGCAUUUGACCCUCGUCGAUGAGGAGUCGUCCCCCCAAAAUGACGCAGAGUUUUCCACCCAACAAGUCACUACUACCAAGGCGUUGCCUAUACCACCCGUGACAUUUGCAAAUGAUACCUUUUCCGCAGACCCGAACCAGCUUGCAGUCACAGAUACCUCACGAGCAGCCAGAAGAGCAAGUAAAAUCACGGAGCUGAAACCUUCAAACCCAGUACCAGAAUCUGCAAUGGUGACUGUAGAAAACGUGACGACUGGGAUCGAACAGUCGAUCGCUCAAGAGCGCGUACGAGACAGUCUAUUACCUGGUGCGCUAGGGACGAAGCGAUUGUCGACAGCCAGCGUGUCAGCUGCGGUCCAGAAGCGUGAAAGCCUGCAACCAAAGGAGGUACCCGUGGACGAGGCUGGUACAGAUGAGGAAGACGAGGAAGAAGAAGAAGAAGAAGACGAAGAAACGGAAGAGGAAGAAGAAGACGAGGACGAGGACGAAGAGGAAGAAGAAGAGGUUGAGGAUGAUACGCCAGAAAAGGUCACCUCGAAGGCGACGACACGCUCUAUCAAGUGGAUCCGAGGAGCGUUGAUCGGUUCGGGAUCGUUUGGAAAUGUUUACCUUGGAAUGGACGCGCAAAGGGGACUCCUCAUGGCAGUAAAGCAAGUCGAGCUCAAGGGAAGCCAAUACAGCGAGGAGCGCAAGCGGAGCAUGCUCAGCGCACUGGAACGGGAGAUUGAGCUGCUCAAGACGCUACAGCAUGAAAAUAUUGUACAGUACCUCGACUCUGCCAUUGACGACAACAACCUCAAUAUUUUCCUGGAGUAUGUCCCUGGCGGAUCUGUUGCGUCACUUCUUCGAAACUAUGGCGCGUUUGAAGAGUCACUCACUGCUAACUGGGUUCGACAAAUUCUCCGAGGACUCGAGUACCUCCAUGGACAAACGAUUAUUCAUCGAGACAUCAAGGGUGCAAAUAUCCUUGUUGACAACAAGGGUGGUAUCAAGAUUUCUGACUUUGGUAUUUCCAAAAAGGUCGAGGAAGGCGAGUUGGGGUUCCCUCGAGCACACCGAAUGUCACUCCAAGGCUCCGUAUUCUGGAUGGCGCCCGAAGUCGUCAAGCAGACUGCAUACACAAGCAAGGCGGACAUAUGGAGCGUUGGCUGUCUCAUCAUUGAAAUGUUGACCGGGCAACAUCCAUUCCCCGAGUUUACACAAAUGCAAACCAUUUUCAAGCUCGGAUCUGGUACUGUUAAACCCGCCAUUCCUUCGGACAUUAGUGCACAUGGUACCGAAUUCCUUCAAAAGACAUUUGAGCUGGAUCACACGCUUCGACCUUCGGCGACAGAACUCCUUAAUCAUCCUUGGCUGGCCGAGACAGUAUAA